UCUUUCCAGAUUCCGCGCAGUUGCUUGCUUUCCAAACCAGCCAUGGGUCGCACGCUUUGCUUACUUUUGCAUGCAAAUGGCCUUUGCAAGAAUGUUUGGCGUCCAUUUGCUGCAAGUCUGGCGCGGCAGCUGAAGGUCGAUCUCAAACUGCAGAGCAAUCGGCGUCAAGAGGUCUUGAGCUGGUCAGUGGGCGAUUUGCAACUCUUGUCUUUAGACUUAAAAGGCCAUGGCCUGGCAGCAGCACGGAGCUCAAAGGAAGUGGAUUGGAUGGAGUGGAAGCGUCAAGUCGAAGAAGUUCUGGAUGACUUCGUGGCCGAGAUGCCGGAGGCGCCAGACAAGAUUGUCGGAGUAGGGCAUUCGCUUGGCGGUGCAGCCUUGCUUCUCACGCAAGCCGCACGAAGCCGAUUUUCCAGCAUUUAUAUCUUCGAGCCAAUGUAUUUGUUCGUGGAGGAAAAGCUCGCGAGCAUGGUGGGACUGCCCAUCAUCAAUUCUGAAAGAUGGGUGCCGCCCUUGGUGGAAAAGACCCUUCGACGCCGCAGCCUGUGGGCCAACCGCCAAGAAGCGGAGCUGGACCUGUCCUCCAAGAGGUUUUUCGCUGCGUGGGAUGAAGGUGCUCGCCAAGGGUACUUUGAAGGUGGCCUCAUUGGUGACCAGCCAACCAGACUGGCUUGCUCCCCGGUAGAUGAGGCAGCUGUCUUCUCCAGUGGAGUUCCAGUCCAACUUCUUGAAGAGCUGCGAAAGCCAAAUGGCUUGGAGAGCUGUUUCCUACAUGUGACUAUCGGUCAGAAGGAGACGCUGUGGAAUUUGCCUGUUGCUCAAGAAAUCUUUGGUGGUGGAGGGAAGCCACAUGUGGCCUGUUGAAUGCCCUGACGCCUGUGCGGCGAUGGUCGCUGCCACCUUUGGCUGGUCACCCCUCUCACGCCUUUGAUUGACAAAAAGUAUC